AUUAAAACCAGCGAUGAUCGUAAGGAUCUGGAAAAAAUGACGGUAUCCUCAAUUCAGAGUCAUUGGAUUCUGCUGGGGUGCAAACAGAUGAUGCCUCAGCACAAUCGUUGUCCAGUUGCUCCACCGAUACAUCCCCCUCUGCUAGUGAGCCUGCAAUGCCAGCGAACCAAGGAACUCCAACAUCAUCGAUAUCUCUGUCUUCCAGUAGCUCGCUAGGUUCUCCAGCUUACGAAUUGACGUUUGCAGAAUUUCCGUGCAACUUAAGCCUAUCAAGUGACGACUCAUUGAGCAGUGAGACGCCCUUACAAGUGGAUGAGAUAAGCGCAGAAAUAUCUGGCGUGAUUUUUGAAGAUAAUCCCCCGCCUGAAAGUGAUGAGGAACAGGUCUGCACUGAAUCACCACCCCCGACUAGUGCUGUUGAUGCUAUUGAUUCAUCGGUGUCAACAGCUGAGAGCUCAGAGGUAUUAUCUGAGGGAAUCGACUCAACACCUCAAUCAUCGACAAGGAGAUCAGCAUAUGAGGGAUUUCAGGAUAAGAUAAAUCCUGUUGAGGAGUCGAGAGUUAAUCCUGAACCUCCCGGAAUGACGGGAUCUCAGGAACGUGCUAAUAAACCACUCGACGCGGCACAUCCUGGACCUUCAGAAAUUGAAAAACCACAGCGAUCUCCUCCGCAACCAGUCGAGCUGGAGGGACAGACUGGACUUUCUGUCACUGAGGCUCCAAUCGCUGGACCGUCAGGGGUAGAAGAGAGUCUAGAUCAUGUCCACUUGAUUGAAGGCAGUGAUGACCUCAUAAGUUCCCACUAGUUGAGGAGAAUCCUCCAUGAGGUUGCUGACGACCAUACGUUAUAUAUUCGGCGACUACUCAAUGAGCUUGUGGGGGUAGAAAAGGUCAAAACAAUGAGAGCAACAGGAAAAGAAGGAUGGCCUAAAAUCACUCUCGAAGUACUCGAUUCAAUCGAAGAUUACGUGGUCUCCCGAACAGAAGGAAAGAUGACCCACAAAAAAUUCAUGCGUGUCGUCACAACCUAUUUAAAUUAUCUUCGACAUUAUUAAAAGAGAAAAAUAAUAAUUAUUUUAGUUUAUUAUUUUCGGACACGGCCACCGCGCCAUUAUUUUG